GUGACAGAGAGAGAGCGCGAGAGGAGAGCGAGAGAGCGAGCUGCGAGCUGUGCUGCCGCCGCCGCUGCCCUUUGAUCCCGACAUUAGUGUUAGGGGCUCGGAGACACAGCGCGCGGCCAUAGACACCGCCGCACCGGCGCUCAUUUAUUUAUACCUCCCAUUACACGCGAGCACAGGACACACACACACUCACACCUAUUAGAUCCGUUUCCAUUGAAGAAUAUUACGCUCGGGGACAAGCCAGGUGCACGACCAAAAAAUUAAAAAAAAAAAAAAAAAAAAAAAAAAAAAAAGGAAAGAAAGAAAGGAAAGAAAAGAAGAAAACCCCUCUUCUGGCUCCAGGAAACAAGCUUCAACCCGUUGCACACACCGGAGAGAAGGGGUUUCCCCCUGCCCGCCCCCCAACUACCUCCCCGCUCCUGCCAGUGUCUGCCUGUCGGCCCCCACGGGGGUUUAUUUGAUCUCACAUUAACCAAGGAGGAGAAUGUGAGAAAAGGGGGAAAAUGCCCAGGAGGAAGCAGGAGCAGCCCAAGCGCCUUCCCUCACAUGUUAGUAGGCAGGACGAGGCCGAGGGAGAUUUCAGCGAAGGAGAACACUGGUAUGGGAACUCCUCUGAGACUCCAUCGGAAGCAUCCUAUGGGGAAGUCCAGGAUAACUAUAAGCUGUCCCUGGAGGACCGGAUCCACGAGCCGUCCACAUCCCCCGACACCUCCCUGGGCAGUGCCACCCCCAGCAGCCACACCCUGGAGCUGGUGGCACUUGAUGGUGAGGUCCUUCGAGACUCGCUGCAGUGUCAAGACCACCUUUCACCUGGAGUGUCCUCUGUGUGUGACGAUGACCCACCCAGUUCCAAUAAACCUCUGAGUAGCAACUUGAGGAGACUGCUGGAGGCUGGGUCCCUCAAACUCGAUGCCACAGCCAACGGCAGGGUGGAGUCUCCCGUGAAUGUUGGCCCCGGUCUGUCCUUUUCCCCGCCCUCCCACCAUGCCCAGCAACUCAGUGUCCUGGCCAGGAAGCUGGCAGAGAAGCAGGACCAGAGUGACCAAUAUACCCCGAGUAACCGUUUCAUAUGGAAUCAAGGUAAGUGGUUGCCGAACUCAACCACCACCUGCGGCCUGUCGCCAGACUCGGCCAUCCUCAAACUGAAAGCUGCAGCCAAUGCUGUUCUGCAGGAUAAGUCCCUGUCUCGGACAGAGGAGAGCCUGAGGUUUGAGUCUUUUUCCUCGCCCUUCAGCUCCCAAUCGGCCAGCUCCACCUUGGCAGCUUUGUCUAAGAAAGUGAGUGAGAGGAGCCUGACUCCCGGUCAGGAGCAUCCGCCUCCAGCCAGUUCUUUCCUGUCACUGGCUUCUAUGACCUCCUCUGCAGCCCUUCUGAAAGAAGUGGCCGCCCGGGCCGCGGGUAGCCUCCUGGCUGAGAAGUCAUCCUUACUACCCGACGACCCUCUACCACUGCCGCCUUCUGAGAAGAAGCCAGAAAAAGUCACCCCGCCACCUCCGCCACCUCCGCCCACACAGCCUCAGUCCUUGGAAUUAUUGUUACUUCCGGUUUCCAAGGGACGAACCUCCAAACCCUCCAAUUCAGCCCCGGAAGAAGAAAGCGGAAAGCCUUUCCAGUGUCCAAUAUGUGGUCUGGUUAUAAAGCGGAAGAGUUACUGGAAGCGCCAUAUGGUGAUCCACACAGGCUUAAAAAGUCACCAGUGUCCCCUCUGCCCGUUCCGGUGUGCUCGCAAGGACAAUCUCAAAUCUCACAUGAAGGUUCAUCAGCAUCAGGACCGGGGAGAGACCUUUCAGUGCCAGCUGUGCCCUUUCACAUCCUCACGCCACUUCAGCCUGAAACUGCACAUGCGUUGCCAUCAGCACUUCCUGAGGACAGAGGCCAAGGUGAAGGAGGAGAUCCCAGACCCAGAUGUCAAGGGAUCUCCCCACCUCAGUGACAGUGGCUGCCUGGGGCAGCAGAGGGAAGGAGGAGGGACAGAGCUAGUGGGGACCGUGAUGACGUCCAAUACUCCAGAGAGGACUGGCCAGGGUGGGGCUGGCGUUGCACCUUUGCUGGUGAAGGAGGAGCCCCAGGAAGAGAACAGCCCGCCCACCUCCUUUACCCUGAACGCUGCCGACAGGCCCGCCAACCACACAAAGCUGAAAGACCCCUCCGAGUGUGUGUCCAACAGUGCAGCAGCAUUGUUCAGCCAGGACAUCUCGGUUAAGAUGGCCUCCGAUUUUCUCAUGAAGCUGUCAGCUGCAAACCAGAAGGAGCCCAUGAAUCUUAAUUUUAAAGUGAAGGAGGAGCCCAAGGAAGAGGAGUCCUUAAGCACGCCUUUGCCUCGGUCCAGCUACGUGUUCAGCCCGGAACCAGAAGUGGCAGCGCCCAGCAUCUCUGAGGACCCACUAACUCCCCAGGAAGGCAAGGGGAACGUGCUAAGGCGGGACAUGUCGGCCAAAGCUGCCUCAGAACUUCUCAUGAAACUCUCAGCGGAAAGCUACAAGGAGACGCAGGCGUUGAGGGUUAAGGAGGAGCCCAUGGAAGUGGAUAUCCAGGACUCCUCAGUCUCCGUGUCGCCCAGCCGGAACGUGGCCUACAGCACUUUAGUGGGGCGAGAGAAGACUGAGCCCUUACAGAAGCUUCCAGAAGGUAGAGCUCCCCCAGAGAGAAAUCUCUUCAGCCAGGACAUCUCCGUGAAGAUGGCUUCGGAGCUUCUUUUUCAGCUCUCGGAAAAAGUGAGCAAAGAACACAAUCACACGAAGGAGAACACCAUCCGGACGACCACCAGCCCUUUCUUUUCAGAAGACACAUUUAGACAAUCACCAUUCACCUCCAAUUCAAAAGACCUGCUGCCCGGCGAAUCUGUGCUGCACGGACGAGUAUCAGCUCCAGGUAAGGACACGUUGUUGACUUUGCUUCCACUGCUGGGUGCUUAAGAACGGCUUCUCUGAAAUGUGUGUUCUCAGAUGCUCGUGCCUUAGGUGUUGCAGCUGUUCCUGUAAAGGCGGCUUUUAGAAAAGAGGAAGAAAUGCCGUUGGAAGUGCCACAAAAGUUUGCUAGAACAAAAUGCAGGCUCUGUCUCUAAGA